AUGAGUAUCCCCGCGUCAUUCAAAGCCGCCGUGGUCCCUGAACCAUUUGCGCAACACAAUAUCGAAAACCGAUCACUUCAACCCCUUCAACCCACCCAUGUGGCGAUCAAGAUCACCGCCACCGCCAUCAACCCCGUCGACUGGAAGAUUCGCGACUACAAUGCCUUCAUCAAGGAGUACCCGGCUGUCCUCGGAUCCGAUGCUGCCGGCGAAGUCGUUGCCGUAGGAUCAGAGGUUACCAGCCUCAAGGUCGGCGAGCGUGUCUUCUUCCAGGGAAUCAUCGGCAACUACGACGCCUCAACCUUCCAGCAGUACUGCUCUAUGCCCGCGGAGUUGGUUUCGAAGACCCCUUCCAAUAUAACCGACGACCAAGCAGCUGGUAUUAGUCUCGCGACCGUGGCAGUCGUCACUGGCUUCUACGACCAGACGGGUCACGGAAUCACCCCGCCUUGGGCGCCCAACGGCAGCAAUGCUGGAAAGGAUCAAGCGAUCGCCAUCAUCGGCGGUUCCUCCAGCGUGGGACAGUACGCUAUCCAGUUUGCGCGCCUAUCCGGCUUCACGCGGAUUAUUACCAAUGCCAGUGUGACGCACCAUGGGUUUUUGAAGAGCCUGGGUGCGCACGUUGUCCUGGAUCGCAAGGCGGCGACGGCGGAUGAGUUCAAGGCUGCGAGUGGAGAUCUGCCGCUGCGUUAUGUGUUUGACGCAAUUUCGGGUCCAGAAACACAGGCGCUGGGUGUUCAGAUCGUCGAGGCGAGCGGGGUUGGGGAAAAUGUGGUUGUGGUGCAGAGUGCUAAUGAGGAGGCGAAGAAAUUGGGUCUGUCUAAGACACCUCAAGUCAAUAUCAAGAUGAUUCUGGGUAUUGGAAGCAGCCCAGCUCUACGGCAUCUGAGUGAGCCUAUGGCGCGUUACCUUGGCGGCGCGGAUGGAUGUGUUGCUAAGGGACUGCUUGUCCCUAACCGGGUGCGAGUCGUUGAUGGUGGUAUUGAGGCGGUGGAGGCAGCUUUGAAGUUGAACAAGGAUGGUGUAUCUGGGGAGAAGGUUAUCUUCCGCCCAAAUGCUUAA